AUGAGCAGCAACAGGUUCUUUACCUUUAAGAACACCAUCGGAGGCGCCCUUCGAGGGAGCAAACGGCUUGGACAUGGCAUCAACCCCUCUACCCGCAAACCUCUUUGGGAUGUGCCCAUCGCCUCAUCACAGGACCUUGAAAGCGCCGUCAGCUCAGCUCGCGUCGCCUUUGCCGAUUGGUCCAAGACACCGUGGGCCCAUAGACAAGCUUGCCUGACACAAGCAAGCAAGCUCCUCGCGGAACGCAAAAAUGACAUGUCUAGGCUUUUAUCCCUGGAGUGCGGCAAACCACCACAGUUUGCCGAACUUGAAGUGAUCCACGCCAUCAAUUUCCUCGACUUCUUUGCUGCCCAGGAACCGCUAGAGACACGGGUCAUUCAAGACGAUAAGGAUCUUCACUUAGCCCUGCAGUACGAACCUAUGGGAGUGAUUGGUGCUAUCUGUCCUUGGAACUAUCCUCUUGUACUCGCAAUCGGCAAGAUCGCGCCUGCGCUAUUGACAGGCAACUGUAUGAUUGCGAAGCCAUCGCCGUACACCCCAUACAGCCUCCUGAAAUUUGCUCAACUGGUCCAGGAUGUUUUCCCUCCUGGAGUCCUGCAGGCUCUUCAUGGGGAUAUGGAACUAGGCCCUUUGCUCUGCCAACACGCCGACGUGGACAAAAUAAGUUUUACAGGGUCAAGUGCAACAGGCAAGAAGAUCAUGGCUAGCGCGAGUGCCACGCUCAAGAGUGUGACGCUUGAACUAGGCGGGAACAGCGCCAACAUCGUUUGUCCCGAUGUUGACGUAGAUGUCGUUGCUCCUCAAGUGGCAUUGGCAGCCUUCUUCAAUUCUGGUCAACUAUGCGUGGCCAGCAAGCGUGUUUUUGUUCACCAAGACAUAUACGACAAGUUCCUCGAGAAAAUGGUUGAAACUGUCGAGAAAUGGAAGGUUGGACCGCCUGACGCAGAGGGGGGUGUUAUGCUUGGACCAGUACAAAACGAGAUGCAGUACAACAUUGUGAAGCGCUUUUUCCAAGACACAACAGAGAAUGGCUACAAGUUUGCGUGCGGGGGAGGUCAAGCAUUGGAUGGAUCGAGUUUUUUCAUUAACCCGGCUAUCGUCGACAAUCCUCCUGAUCAGUCACUUGUGGUCGAAGGUGAAGCCUUUGGUCCCAUUGUGCCCCUACUCAAGUGGAAAGACGAAGAUGACGUCUUGUCCCGUGCAAACAACACCACGACAGGCUUAGGCGGAGCCGUUUGGUCUGCCGAUAUCGAUCGAGCAAAGAGGAUCGCCUCGGGAAUCAAUGCGGGAACUAUAUGGAUCAACAGCGCUGAGAAGCCUUUGCCACAGGCACAUCUGGCUGGCCGCAAGGAGUCUGGAGUUGGCGGAGAAUGGGGACGUGAAGGGCUGGGGGUGUAUUGCAACAUCAAGACAAUCCACCAUUACCAGAAUCCUGUAUCUAAAGAGUAG